CACAGCUCCUGCCGGCUCCACCACAGGCACUUCCACCACCUCCACAGACACAACACCAGCCCCGACUGGCCCCACCACGGCUGCCCCAAAGACAUCAGCUUCUGUUGCUGCAGCCACCAAGGGGCCCCCCACCGCCAUGCCCAGCACGCAGGCACCUACCCAGACCCCCACGUCCACCAUGGCCACUGCAAGGCCUUCCACUGGGAGGUCCCCCACCCCCACGCCAACUGCAGCUGCCCACACCUUUCUCCCCAGCACGCCAGCACCUGCCCGGACCCCCACCAUCGUGCCAGCCAUUCCCACCAUGGCCACUGCAAGGCUGGCCACUGGGAGGCCCCACCCCACCUCCCCAGCUGCCCCCACCACACCUUCUGCAGCUGCCCACACCUUUCUCCCCAGCACGCCAGCACCUGCCCGGACCCCCACCGCCCUGCCAACAGCCACCCCGUCAACUCCUCCAAAGACCCCAGCAGCCCCCAGGGAGAGAACAGCUGCAGCCAGGCACCCCCCGGCUACGACCUCCUCCAGGGCUGUGGCUCUCCUGCCUGGGACGCCCUCCCACUGCCCGUGCCCGUGGCUGCCAGCCCGGGCCCUGGGGGUCUCCAGUGGGUCGCCAGUGAGUUGGGCAGGCUGGCUAGCCGCCCGCUGCUGCCUCUUGCGCCUGGUGCUGUACGCGGCCUGCCUGCUGCUGGUGGCCCUGCCCACCUUGGCUGGGCUGGGCUGGCUGGGCUGGCUGCACCUGAGCGGCUCCCACCCAGCCUGGCAGGGCCCUCUGGGGGGCCAGUGGGCCCGGGCCCUGCCACUGCAGGCGGCCACGUCCAGAGGGGGCCAGCUGAGGAGCUCCAGAGGGGGGGGGCCUCGGGCUGUGCCCCGGACCUACCGCGUCUGCCGGGACUUCCAGGUGGCCCCCUCCCGCCACACCAGCUGGCUCCUGAUCAGCCUGCCGGGGCCUGCCAGACACGGGCCCUGGGAAGGCUGCCGGGGCGCCAGCUCCGCAUACAGCCUGGACCGUGGGAGGGACGCCAUAGGGGCCGUGCGGGUGAAAUACGCAGCCGCCACCUUGUAGA